AUGGAACCUGCUCAGGCUAAUCUGCGUGCCUGCAUUGUUGUCGCUCUGGCCACCAGCGCCUUCGCUGGUCACGUUGGCCACCUUGCUGGCGGCUACGCCCUCGCCAGCAACCUCGGCUAUGGCCUUGGCUACGGCAGCCUCGGCUAUUCCGGUCUUGGCUAUGGUGGGCUUGGUCUCUCCCACUACGGUCUUUCCCACGGAGUCGGCUACUCUGGCCUGACCGGCUUUGGUGCUGGCUAUGGAUACGGAUACGCCCCAGCUGCUAGCUACGCCGUCCACGCUGCUCCUGCUGUUACCGCUGUCCACGCUGCUCCAGCUGUUGCCACCAUCCACGCUGCUCCAGCCGUGACCGCUGUUCACGCUGCUCCAGCCGUUACUGCUGUCCACGCUGCUCCAGCUGUUGCAACCUAUGCCGCUGCUCCAGCAGUCACCAGGGUGGUACAGUCGGCUCCUGUCGUUGCUGCUGCCCCAGCCGUCACCUAUGCCGCUGCCCCAGCUGUCACCAGGGUUGUGCAGCAGACCGCUCACGUUGUCGCUGCUGCCCCAGCCGUGCACCGCUGUCCAUGCUGCUCCAGCUGUCGCUACCGUCCACGCUGCUCCAGCUGUCGCUGCCAGUCCACGCUGCCCCAGCUGUCGCUACCGUCGCCCACGCUGCCCCAGCCGUUGCCACCUACAGCGUCGCCCACGCCGCCCCAGCUAUCGCUACCUACGGCAUUGCCCACGCCACCCCAGGCCUACUACGGCUAUGGCGUUGGCUCUCUCGGCUACGGUGCUGGAAGCUACGGUUACGGCCAUGGUCUCCUCGGCUACGGCCUGAACUACGGCUACUGGUCUUGGCUCUCCACUGAACUACGCCACCCUCCUCCGCAAGAAGAAGUAAAUUUGCAUCUUCUCCAUCAUCAAAUCGUACCGAAUGUGGAAAGAAGUGGAGCAGCUUGGGCCGGGGUUUCAAUCAAGUAUAUUGGUUGUGGCCGUCCAAUAAACUGUUCCGUCCAAAAUGUUGUUCAGUUUCUCUGUGCUCUAUCGCAUUUACUGCGUGCCUGCAUUGUGCUUGCCCUGGCCAUCAGUGCCGUUCAUAGUCACCCUGUUGGUAGCUAUACCCUAGCCAGCAACCUCGGCUAUGGUCUCGGCUACGGCAACCUCGGCUACGCUGGUCUUGGCUAUGGUGGUCUUGGUCUCUCUCAUUACGGUCUCUCCCACGGAGUUGGUUACUCUGGAUUGACCGGCUACGGUGUUGGUUAUGGAUACGGAUAUGCCCCAGCUGCUAGCUACGCCGUCCAUGCUGCUCCUGCUGUUGCCACCGUCCACGCUGCUCCAGCUGUUACCGCCGUCCACGCUGCUCCAGCCGUGACUGCUGUACACGCUGCUCCAGCCGUUACUGCUGUCCACGCCGCUCCAGCUGUUGCAACCUACGCCGCUGCUCCAGCAGUCACCAGGGUGGUACAGUCAGCUCCUGUCGUUGCUGCAGCCCCAGCCGUCACUUACGCUGCUGCCCCAGCUGUCACCAGGGUUGUUCAGUCGGCUCCAGUUGUCGCCACUGCCCCAGCUGUCACUCGUGUCGCCUACAGCGCCCCAGCUGUCACCAGGGUUGUCCAACAGACCGCUCACGUUGUCGCCGCUGCCCCAGCUGUCGCCACCUACGCCGCUGCCCCAGCCGUGACCGCUGUUCACGCUGCUCCAGCCGUUGCUGCCGUCCACGCCGCCCCAGCUGUCGCUACCGUCGCCCACGCUGCCCCAGCUGUCGCCACUUACAGCGUCGCCCAUGCCGCCCCAGCCCUCGCUACCUACGGCGUUGCUCAUGCCGCCCCAGCCUACUACGGCUAUGGCGUUGGCUCGCUCGGCUAUGGAGUUGGCAGCUACGGUUACGGACAUGGUCUCCUCGGCUACGGCCUCAACUACGGAUAUGGUCUUGGCUCUCCACUGAACUACGCCACCCUCCUCCGCAAGAAGAAGUAAAUUUGCAUCUUCCCUACCAUCUGAUUCUACCGAAUGUGGAAUGCAACGGAGCAGCUUGUUUCGACGUUUC